AACGCUGUAGACAAGCACAAUUAGGUAUCUAGAAAAGGUUGAUUAAUAAAGUUAAGAAAUCUCUAAAAGUGUUCGCACCCGCUAUCAAAUUAUCAUAUCGGUCCAUCCCUAAAAUACUUACAUCCCUAAAUCCAAACGGCGAUUUUUGUAAACAUUUACGAAACUCCAGAAGACGAAGGAAGGCCGAUAUUCGAAAAUCAUGAAUACAUGCUUCUUUUGCGGUGCCGUUGACAUACACGGCACUGCAAAUUAUGAAUUGCUCUCAGCCAAAGUGCCUUCGUCACACAAAUCGGUGUCAUUAGUUCUUACCCACCUCGCCAACUGUAUGAAAACCGAAAUCAAACUGAGCGCAGAUACAAAACUUUGCCCGCGAUGUUUUAACGAAUUGGCCGAAUAUGAUACCAUUAUGGUUAAUUUAAUGGUUACGCAAAAGAAGCUGACGACGCAAUUGAAAGCGGCAUUGAAAUCCGAAUACGAAGACGAGGGUCUGGUCGAGGAAUUAGACAAAACUGCACAAGAUGAUGCCGAAGCGGAAGCGUUAUUUGAGGAGCUCGUGAAAGAUGAGGAAGAUAUAAAUAUGGAAAUUAAGGAGGAAUACGAUGAUGAUGAUGAUGAUGACGAGGAUUUCCUUUGUGAGGGCAAGUCCGAUGGUGUCUCCGUUAAAAUAGAGGAUGAGGAUGAUCAAGGCAAAUUUAUGCCAAAGCGUGUCAAACAGGAAUGCAACACUUGCGGUAAAAUAUUCAAUGCACGCUAUCAACUCCAGAAGCAUAUCAGCGAAGAGCACAACAAAACGCAGGCUCAUGUCUGUCCCAUCUGCGGAAUUAUACGCCGCGACGAAGAAUAUCUGGAAUUGCACAUGAAUGUGCAUGAGGGCAAAACAGAGAAGCAAUGUCGAUACUGCCCCAAGAGCUUCUCACGGCCAGUGAAUACGCUGCGGCACAUGCGCAUGCACUGGGACAAGAAGAAAUAUCAAUGUGAAAAGUGUGGAUUACGCUUCUCUCAGGACAAUCUGCUCUACAAUCAUCGCCUGCGUCAUGAAGCUGAGGAGAAUCCAAUCAUAUGCAGCAUAUGUAACGUCUCAUUCAAAUCGCGUAAAACUUUCAAUCAUCAUACUCUCAUCCAUAAGGAGAAUAGACCACGGCAUUAUUGUUCCGUUUGUCCGAAAUCUUUCACGGAACGUUAUACACUUAAGAUGCAUAUGAAGACCCACGAAGGCGAUGUGGUCUAUGGGGUGCGGGAGGAGGUGCCCGUGGAUGAUCAGGUGGUCGAGGAGCUACAAGUAGACGUUGACGAGUCCGAGCAAGCCGUCACAGUGAUUAUGUCAGAUAACGAUGACAAUUCCGCCGGAUUCUGUCUCAUAUGCAGCACGAAUUAUGAGAACAAGAAGGAACUGGAGCAUCAUUUACAAAUUGAUCAUGAUGUCGUAUUAAAAUAAAUAGCAUUUAAGCAUCCCCUAAUCUAACAUUAAUUCCUCUUUUGAUUU